ACUUUUCUCUCUACUUUUUGCUGCCAGACGAAAAAAAGGCCACCUAAUAUAAUUUUCCAAAAAUUUGACUUCAUUUCCGUUUUAACAUUUGUCUAAAACAUAUUUCAAAGUUCAUAAAUAAAGUUCAUACGAAAAGGAAACGAACGAGAAAACCUUGUCUGGAAAUUGAACAAAUAAAGAAGAGUUUGAAUUAAAAUGAAUCGCAUACAGGUCAUAACUGCUUCCGUGCGCACUACAAGUCGCAUGAAUGCUUUACUUUCGGAAUCGAUGUUGGGAAAACGUAAGGCCCUGAUAAAAUUAUCUACAGUGGAGGGGGAAAACGAAGCUGAGGCUGAAAAUGAAAAACCCAAAAACGAUUGGAGUUUCUUUCGCACUAAUUUCAGCAUGGAACAGGUUCAGAAACUUAUAGAGGCAACCAUUGAAGAACGUUUGACCUGGGAUCGUUUCAGUCGUUCCUAUGAUUCGUGGCGUUCUUUGCAAUUGGCUGAGAAUUUAGCUUCCGAUAUAAGAGAUGGUGUUCGCAGAUUUAAUCACAAGCGUCAUCGCAUUGUUUGCAUUUUAUCUGUUAUUGAGAAACAAAAUCAAGGUAUAACGAUGCGCAUGCGCCAUUUGAUGGACGAAGAAAUGGACAAUUUUACAAGUGUUGUUUAUGAACGUCCCACGUAUUUUAUUGUUGUUACUGUUUAUUUAGUUUAUAAAGAUUAGAUUAUAUUAGAUAUAAAAUACGCAUAUUCUGAAAUAAAUUCA